AGGACAUCCAAACUUCGUGCCCGCCUACACCGUGAACGACACAAAGCGACUCCAGGGCCCGUCGACAUCGUCAGCAAGCCGUCGAAGAUCACCGUGAGUCUCUUCCCUGCCCUUUUAUGUUCGUCCUGGAGAAAGAAUGAAGGCAGAAGCUACUAUUUGAGGCUGGAUUCGCCGGAUGUGAUUUGGAUGUACUGACCCGUCUCUCUGCAGGUCAAAAUAUGGCUUCGAAACUACCAUCCGUCCUGGCCGCUACCGAGGAGGAGAUCCAGCUCCUUCUCGCUGCCCAAUGCCACAUUGGCACAAAAAACUGCGAUAAGCAGAUGGAACCGUACGUCUGGAAACGACGGGCUGACGGAAUCCACAUCCUGAACAUUGGAAAGACCUGGGAAAAGAUUGUCCUCGCUGCUCGUGCAAUUGUUGCCAUCGAAAACCCCAACGACGUCUGUGUUAUCUCGGCGCGUCCCUACGGACACCGUGCAGUCCUGAAGUACGCCUCCAACACUGGUGCUCAGGCUAUUGCCGGACGAUUCACCCCCGGUUCUUUCACCAACUACAUCACCCGGUCGUUCAAGGAGCCCCGUCUCAUCGUCGUGACUGACCCCCGCGUUGACCACCAAGCCAUUCGUGAGGCUUCAUACGUCAACAUCCCCGUCAUUGCCCUCUGCGACACCGAUGCUCCCCUGAAAUUCGUCGACAUCGCCAUCCCCACCAACAACAAGACGAGGCAUUCGAUAGGUCUUAUCUGGUGGUUGCUCGCUCGUGAAGUCCUGAGACUUCGUGGCACCAUUCCCCGUACGAGCGACGGCUGGAAUGUCAUGGUCGACAUGUUCUUCUACAGGGACCCCGAAGAAGUCGAGAAGCAGCAACAGGAGGAGGCUGCGGCCAAGCUUGCUGCUCAGCAGGGUGCGGAGGAACCUGCCAUUACUACAGAAUGGGAUGUGUCGAGUGCACCCCAGGCCGGCAGUAUCAAUCCUGCUUUGGUCGGUCAAGAAGGUGCCCUCGACUGGGCUGCCGACCCCAACCCUUCGACCGACUGGGCUGCAGAGCCAGCGACUGGUACCGGAGGUUGGGGUGCUGAUGACGCCGCUACUGGCUGGAAUUAGGUUGCUGAAUAUACAUACUUUUGACUUCAAGCAUGCACUUCGUGGUCUUUUAUUGCACAGAAAAAAUAUGAUAUAUUCAUGACUUUCAUCAGUGUUCUCUGGAACAACGUAUCAAAUGCUGAGGCGUCUGGUACCAGUUCCUGGUACAUGUACAGUGCGAGGGUAUUUUGACGAAAUGGCGGUCUUUCGCUGAAUUUGGUGAGCAUAUGUUGUGUCCCCAGUCGGCUCUUCCUUGCUGCGGUUCCAAUUUUUUUUUUUUCACAAUUUGGAAGUUUGCGUCAUUUAUGGAUUUUCCGGCGAUGGGAGAAUCGUACUUGUUCCCCUGCUGUGCGACUUGAUAUUUUGUUUGAACUCACAAUAUCCUAUGUACUAUGAAAAAUCCGACCGUCUGGGGUUUUUGGUUGUACGCGUAAGCCACGAAAAAUGAUGGUCUCUGGAACGGUAGGGAGCGGUCCAGCGGCGGAGAUUUUGAACAUCGG